GCUUUCCGCGUCUGAAAUCCGUGCGCUGACAGCCAGCGGUGAAAGAACAUCAACAGCCACCUCAAAGACCGGAAAAUUAAUUCAUCAUCCAUACGUGAAUCUGACGAUCUUCAAUUCUGUUUUCUUUAUAUGUAAAUAUCAAAGGCAUUAGUUUUAUUCUGGAUUUUGCGAACUCCGAUUUCCAUCAUGAAUCCGUUGUGUAGCAGAUGUAACAAAGUCGUGUACCCCACGGAAAAAGUGAAUUGUCUGGACAAGUACUGGCAUAAAGGAUGCUUCAGCUGCGAGGUCUGCAAAAUGACUCUCAACAUGAAGAACUACAAAGGCUUUGAAAAGAAACCCUACUGUAAUGCACACUAUCCCAAGACGUCGUUCACCAGUGUUGCUGAUACUCCUGAGAACCUUCGUCUGAAGCAACAAAGCAAAAUGCAGAGUCAGGUGCUGUACAAAGAGGAGUUUGAGAAGAGCAAAGGGAAGGGCUUCAGUGUUGUGACCGACACGCCAGAGAUGCAGAGACUCAAGAAAACACAGGACCAGAUCAGCAACAUCAAGUAUCAUGAAGACUUUGAGAAGAGCCGAAUGGGUGGAGAGGGACCGCCCCAACAACCUCCACCUCAGCAAAAUACUACCUCAGCGUACCAGCCUCCCGCCGCCCCUCAGAACUUCCACUACGAGCCUGAGCCCGAGCCAGCGCCAGCGCCAGUGCGUCAGGCUGCUGCUGCUCCUCCUCCCAGCGCCGGGAAGCGGUACCGGGCCGUGUACGACUACGCGGCAGCCGACACUGACGAGGUGUCCUUCGUGGACGGCGACGUGAUCAUGGACGUGCAGCAGAUCGACGAGGGCUGGAUGUACGGCCGGGUGGAGCGCACCGGCCAGGUCGGCAUGCUGCCCGCCAACUACGUGGAGGCCAUCUGAGGGCGACGGGGAUGGAGAGACAGAGAGAGAGAAAGAGAGAGAGAGAGGAGAAAGGGGGAUAGAGGGGGGGAAAAACAGACUGGAGGGAAGGGAGAGGAAGGGAGGGCUCGUGAGUGUGUGUGUCUGAUCUGACCACGCCACAGCCCAGUGCCAUCUCAUGUUAAAAGCGCUUUUUAUUUUAUUUUUUAUUUUUUUUGUUUUCUCUCUUCAUCUCGUAUACAAACAUAAGUUGUGUGUUUGUCGAAAAACGUAAACAGGCUCAUCUCUGUACAGCAGAACUCUCAUGGAAAUCUGCAUAUAAUCACUAAACUGUACCCUUAGCACCGCCCCACAUCCCUUCUACCUGUGUGUCUGUGAUGUCUGUCUACAGUCAUGGUGUGUCGGCCCCCCCUUUCCCGUCUGUCUGUCUGUCUAUUUCUUUUGUCUUUCUUUCAGUCUUGUCGGUCUGUCUCUCUCUGCCUGACUGCAUCUGUCUCGACCCAGAGAGGGUGCUAUCACAAGUGGCACUUAAAGUCUUAAUGACACACCUACACCUGUAUGGAUACAUAUGUGUACAUUAACACACACAUAUACACUCAGUACAUAUCUUAACUGAUGCACACAGACCUGUAGGCUUCAGUCAGUAAAUCAGGGGUCAUCUGAAACAGCACUUCCUAAACAAACAGGACCCCACCCCAAUCAUUUUUGCUCCAGUUGUCAUGACAACAAGCGCAAGCAUAUACUCCUUUAAUUUUUCUUGUUUUUUGUUUUUUUUCCCUUCUUCAACUCAUAAUCAGCUGUAUAUUUUGUCAGUCAGGCAUAGUGUAAAAUCUCAAUGGUAGUCAGUCAAUGAAGCUUGAAUUUUAGACUUGUGAUCAUUCCCUUUUGUCUUAAUAGACAAAUCUCAGAGGUUUGUCCACGGGCAUCGGAUAUGAGCGUGGGAGAAUCUCACGGAAUCUCACGGCCAGUCAGGACUAGAUUUUUGGGCUUUGGAACAUGGUGGGGACACAGCAGAGGACUCAGCGCUUUAAGUAUAAUGUCUGAUGCCUGUAUAUAUGCCAUAGUUAUGUUUUUACAUCAACAUCUCCAGUGCCAGCAUGACCUCUUGGAUUAUGGGUAUUGUAGUCAAACUGGAAUCUUAUGUUAAUGAACUCCCACUCCCGCCCUAAUAGUGUCACAGUGGGUGUGAUGUGAGGAGCACAGUGAGCAUUCUGCGGUGACAACACUGUCCGUCAGGGAGUUGCACUCUGAACUGAACUGUCACGGUUUCUUCAGCAUGUUUGGUGAGCAUGUAGUCUCUGUGAUGACAAGGUAGGGAACUACAACAAAUAAAAAUGCAUUUACAAAAAAAGAGAGAAAAUAAACAAAUAAGAUAAAGCACAUUGAUGUGUGUCACAUCUGCACUCUUGUCAUUCACACACUGAUCAAAAUAUAUAUGGGGGCAUUUGCUGCAAAUGCACAGAUAAAAAUUUGUUUUGGUUCCUUGUCCUGUCAUCACUGAAAGUACUGCCCGUGUUUCAGUCAACAACAUGCCUGUCGAUAUAAGAAUGGCUUGCUGUUGGGGCUGCAGACUCAUCUCAUAACCUCAUAUGGCAUUGGGGACUGGGUUGGUGUGGAGUGGUGUCUUUUGCCAGCCUUGGAUGAGGUGGGGCUGACAAAGACUGGCCCGGACAAAACCAGGCGAAGCACAAUGUUAAGUCAUUCCUUUGAACUCUCAUUCUUUUUUUUGUUUUGUUUGUUUGUUUGUCUCAUUUCUCUUCUGGGACAUUGUGUGUUCUGUAAAACUAUCAGUGAUCAAAUGCUCUUCUUUAUGACAUCACUUAUUGUUGUGACUUUUAUUUUGUCAUGCUGUUUCCAUUCCUCGUCUCCAUUGCUGUUGUAAGAGACAGUUUAAAUGCCAAUAUGAAUAUCAUUGAAAUAAAAAAGAAAAAAAACGUUUAUUUGUA